AUUGUGAUAAUAAGCCCACGUUCCUUACCAACCAACAUUCAAUAUUCUAGACAGAAAUGUUUUAAUGCUUAAUGCAUCUCCACCACAAAACGGUUCACUCAUCGGUUGAUGGCCUAGUUAUCGAUGUCAUUAGUAUGGAAGUGUUGAAUAUCCGGAGAACUGUGGUCAAGAAUAAACACAAAGUAAGACCGAGCAGAAGUACGAUGACGAUAUCAACUACGUAGCGUAGAGGGGGAAUUGUCUUUUUUCGGUCUGUUAGGUGGGUCAAAUGUCGGAAAAGAUCGCGGGGAUUUUGGUGGGGUACGUUUACAGCUUCUUUUACAAUUUCUAUACGAGCCGUUGGCCGAAAUACCUAUGAAGUAUGAACAUUGAACAGCAAAACCCUUACGAAGGCCUCCUUUCUCCUGAUCUGACCCGUUCGUCCACCAGUCCUGAUCUUCCUUGACCUUCCUUUAGCCUUCCAUAACCGAGAGACCCGAGUGGUUUGGCUUAGAACGUAAUUUGCUGAUGCAAAUGCUACAUCAUUAGGUAACAAUUACAUUUAUACCAGGAGCUAUUCGUUGUUAUAGUACAAAAUCAAAUUCACAGAAUGUUCAAAUCAUACGAGACAUCAAGAAACCAUGGAAUCAAUUGCAAAGAAUGAGCACCAUUUUGUGAGGGAGUACCGUGUUUUCACGUCAUAAUAAAUUGAAGGGGUAUUGGAAGAAGCUCAUUAUGCUACCUGACAGUUUUGAAGUGUCAACUUCCACCUUCGACCUAUGCUCCCCCGGCGAUUACUUUCACUCGACCUAACGCGCUACUGUCCAGUCGUCCAACCAUACAAGUGUUUAUGAGGAAUUUCUGU